AAAAAAAAAAAAAAAAAAAAAACACAGAGAAGGGAGGCCGCUCUUUCCUUCAGCCUCUCAUGUCUGUAUUAUCAUCAGAUCAAUAGAGGAGAAACAGCAUCGAACUGUAUCCCCUCCAAAAGAAAAAGCAUCGAACCAUCAGAUCUCAGAAGGAGAAUGUCAGGUUCGGCAAUGGUGGGAGAUUCAAGCUCCUGGUCAAGAGCGCUCCUCCAGAUUUCGCCCUACACUUUCUCCGCUGUCGGCAUCGCCAUCGCUGUAGGCGUCUCCGUCCUCGGCGCGGCAUGGUAUGAAAUUAUUGCUUUUGUUGAUUAUUCAUUUAUCUGUUCGUGGAGUGGUUUGAGUGGUUAACGACAAGAAGGUGAGAGAGCAGCGGCAGAGUUGAUGUUGAACGAACGAUGGAGGCUCCAUUGUGUUCAGCGUGCGGAGAGAGUACAGAGAAAAUUCAUUUUGAAAUUAAAAUUCAUGUGUUUAA